CGCCAGCCCAGGCCGCGCCCGGCUUCGCCUGACCGCGAUCCCCCCUGACGCCCCGACGCCGCCCGCGCGCAGCCCCACAGCCGUCCAGUGUCCCUCGUGCAGCCCAGUGGCCGGCCAUGUUCAGCUGGCUGAAACGGGGUGGGGCCCGGGGCCAGCAGCCCGAGGCCAUCCGCACGGUGACCUCGUCCCUCAAGGAGCUGUACCGGACCAAGCUACUGCCCCUGGAGGAGCAGUACCGCUUUGGGGCCUUCCACUCGCCCGCGCUGGAGGACGCCGACUUCGACGGCAAGCCCAUGGUGCUGGUGGCCGGCCAGUACAGCACCGGCAAGACCAGCUUCAUCCAGUACCUGCUGGAGCAGGAGGUGCCCGGCUCCCGCGUGGGGCCUGAGCCCACCACUGAUUGCUUUGUGGCCGUCAUGCAUGGGGACACGGAAGGCACCGUGCCUGGCAACGCCCUGGUGGUAGACCCAGACAAGCCCUUCCGGAAGCUCAACCCUUUCGGGAACACCUUCCUCAACAGGUUCAUGUGCGCCCAGCUCCCCAACCAGGUCCUGGAGAGCAUAAGUAUCAUCGACACUCCAGGCAUCCUGUCAGGCGCCAAACAGAGAGUGAGCCGUGGCUACGACUUCCCGGCCGUGCUGCGCUGGUUCGCCGAGCGCGUGGACCUCAUCGUGCUGCUGUUCGAUGCUCACAAGCUGGAGAUCUCGGACGAGUUCUCCGAGGCCAUCGGUGCCCUGCGGGGCCACGAGGACAAGAUCCGCGUGGUGCUCAACAAGGCCGACAUGGUGGAGACGCAGCAGCUCAUGCGCGUCUACGGGGCGCUCAUGUGGGCCCUGGGCAAGGUGGUGGGCACGCCCGAGGUGCUUCGCGUCUACAUCGGCUCCUUCUGGUCCCAGCCGCUCCUGGUGCCCGACAACCGGCGCCUCUUCGAGCUGGAGGAGCAGGAUCUCUUCCGGGACAUCCAGGGCCUGCCACGCCACGCCGCGCUGCGCAAACUCAACGACCUGGUGAAGCGGGCCCGGCUGGUGCGGGUCCAUGCCUACAUCAUCAGCUACCUGAAGAAAGAGAUGCCUUCUGUGUUUGGGAAGGAGAACAAGAAGAAGCAGCUGAUUCUCAAGCUGCCGGUCAUCUUUGCCAAGAUUCAGCUGGAGCAUCAUAUCUCCCCUGGAGACUUCCCCGACUGCCAGAAGAUGCAGGAGCUCCUGAUGGCCCACGACUUCACCAAGUUCCACUCACUGAAGCCGAAGCUGCUGGAGGCCCUGGACGAGAUGCUGACGAAGGAUAUCGCCAAGCUGAUGCCCCUACUGCGGCAGGAGGAGCUGGAGAGCGUGGAGGCUGGCGUGCAGGGCGGUGCAUUCGAAGGCACCCACAUGGGGCCCUUUGUGGAGCGGGGCCCAGACGAGGCGCUGGAGUCUGGGGAGGAAGGCUCAGAUGAGGAGGCCGAGUGGGUGGUGACCAAGGACAAAUCCAAGUAUGACGAAAUCUUCUACAACCUGGCCCCAGCCGACGGCAAGCUGAGUGGCUCCAAGGCCAAGACCUGGAUGGUGGGCACCAAGCUCCCCAACUCCGUGCUGGGGCGCAUCUGGAAGCUGAGCGACGUGGACCGCGACGGCAUGCUGGAUGACGAGGAGUUUGCGUUGGCCAGUCACCUCAUCGAGGCCAAGCUUGAGGGCCACGGGCUGCCCGCCAACCUGCCCCGCCGCCUUGUGCCACCGUCCAAGCGGCGCCACAAGGGCUCGGCCGAGUGAGCUGCCCGCUCAGGGGCCUGCGGCACCCCACCCACCCCAUGGGGUGCCUUGGGGCCAGUCGGCUGCCCGCUAACCUCUACCUUGGCCCACACACGCUCUGCCUGCCUACAAUGCCCAGCUGUCAGGACUUGGGGGUCUCCUUGCUCCCUGAAACUCUACUGAAAGCAUUUAGUGGGGACCAGUCGUCCCCCUGCACCCUGCACCCUCCAGGGUUCCCUACUAAGGGACACAGCACCAACUCAGCACACAAGUGUUCAUGCCAUCACCCUGCAAUCCUCCCAACCUGGUGCAGCCCCAAUACAGGACACCCAGCUGGUGACCCCGACAUGGGCGCUGGCCAGGCCCCCCUCAUAAGCGAGCAGCCUAUGGUUGAAAUGACCACAACCUGGGACAGGAGACCUCCACCAUAGCACCCUCAGCUGUGCAAGGAGGGGGGACCCGGAUCCUUCCCCAAUCCCCGGCCCCAGCCCGCCUCUUGCAGGGAAAGCUCGGGAAUCCUGAUCCAUUCUCUACCCCCUUGCUUUCCUCGGGAGCAAGCAGAACAUACCCUGUUUAGCAGGGGUCCUGCAGCAGAAGAGGCCGCCCCCACCCCUACAAACCUACAGGGGAAGCUUCUGCCCCCUUCCCCUGCCUCCCUGGUUUUAGAACUGGCACCAGCCUCCCCCACAUCAGGACAUGAUUUGGCAGGGCCCUCAAUGGACAAGACAGUUCCCAGCUUCCUUGCGGCUGGGGUUUUCAGGGAUGUGAUGGGAAAGGGGGGGAGGGUCGGGUUCUUGGUGCUACAGGCCCUCCCUCCCUAAGGGGACCCCCACAUGCCUCUCUGUGCCUUCACUACCUACCAGUGCCUGCCCCCACUGGGGAACCCCCAGGAAAAGAUGGGGAAGAACAGCAGCAGCAACAACAACAACAAAUCCAGCUGGGGAUGCUGCCUCCUCCAGGCUGCCCACCAGAUUCUCUGGUUCACUCUUCACCCUCACCCAUGCCUGGGGGCCAGGAGACCCAAGCCUGUCCCCACACUGCAAAUAAAGCCGAGGCUUUCUUCUUU